CAUAGUACAAAGACACUAUAUUUAUGCUCGGAUAGUCAGGUUUGUAUUUUAUUUUUUGGAAAAUGCAGUGUGAUAUAAACACAGACUAUAUAUGGUGUUAUCUCCAGACAUUGUUGUUUGAAUUUUGCGUGGCCAGAAAGAUUUUAUUUUCUCUUGUCACCUUAUUACCUUACUAGUCAUUUAGAGCGAGCCUCGAACAAAACAACGAAAAUGACUAGAGUAUACUGAUUUUAAACCUUGAGGCAUGAAAAAUAGGUUUAAAAUAUUUUGCUACUUACGUGGUAUUAUAUUAGCAAAACCUCAUGGUACAAUAUUUCCUUCUUAUCAUCAACACCUAUUUAAUUCCAUUUACAUAUUGGUUUUACAGACAUUUGUUUUAUCAUCGUUUUCGCUCUGCCGAGUGGAAGGCACUAAAAAAGAUUCUUCUUUCUUGCGUCUUGCAUGUGGAAGCCAUUUACUUUGCCCUCAAAAUUUCGCAUGAACGAUUGUUUUUAUAUUUUAAUAAAUGGCAUUUCCGCAGCUCUUCAGUUCUGCAGGCGUAAAUGUUUGUCCUAGUUGAAGUUUUUAACACCCUUGGUGUAUUCAGUGAUUUUUCUCAAAGAAGAAACAUUUGAGCAUUUUAACAUCUUUUAACGAUCGGUGGCGAUGAACUUCUAAACAAUUAGUGGUAUAUUACAAUUCAUUUCACAAAUCUCCUUGAAACCGAAGCAAAAAUAUCAUUCAAGGUUUUAAGGAAGAAACAUGAUUCAACGUUUAGAACUUCAGUAUCAAAAUCGUCACAUUUUCUAAUAUAAACUUAUUUCACGGUGCGUCACUUUCCGUGCCAGCGUCGAAAAACCGGACGACAUCCAUUAUUCUGAUUUUCAGUUUUUAUUGUUCAGUUGUCUUUCAGCUUCUCAUGUUUAUGAAAAGAGUUAAAAAUAAUGCAUUAGAAGGGAAUAAAUUCUUUGUCUUUUGUUGCCAGGUUCAUUUGUCUUGACCAAUAAAAUGCAAGCUACCGUCACUGUGUUAAACACUCAAUUUAUUCAAUCAUAGAAGAUAGCCUAGAAAUCUCUUUAUCGUGUGAAGAAGCACUUUGCCUCCAGCUAAAAUAUACAGUAGUACGAACAACUUUACCAAGCCUGCUAAGUUCAAACCAUUCUCUUUGAAACAUAGCAGGAAACAUGCAGCACUGAAGAGAUAAUAGUCAGGAUAUCAGCCUUAAUUACUAAAAAUAAAUUGGCUAAAGAAAAACAUGACUUGAAACACCUGUAUACUUUCACCCCACUUUCCCACCCCCUCCUCCCCCAAAUAUCCAGGUUAUCUGGAUAUGGAAUGAAGCGACCUUCCCUGUUUUUGAAAUUUUCUCUCGCCGAUACUCAUUGUUAACAGUCUAUUUGAAUAAUCGCAUUAGGGCAAUACAUGCCGCUUUUUCCCUGAAAAACAGAUCCCAACAAAAACCGGGCCAAUAGCCAGCGCGUGGAGAACUUUUUUCAUAACUCAUAACUGUUUUAUAACUUCAAGGAAUGUCUUAUUUUCCGACCGUAAAGAGAACGUUUGGAGAUAGCUGUUGACAUCAGGCUUUAAAAAGGUGACGUUGAACUUUCAGUUUUGACGUUGGUUUUCGUUUUUAUUUUUUCUAGUUUGUCAUCAUAGUAAAAAACCAAUCGCCUUUUAAUUAAAACACUUCCUUAUCAAACUGAAUGUAGCUUUAAGAAGGAAAUUGUUUCGACGCUAGAUUGUGGCGAUUUGGGGUUAUUUGCAUUUGCCAGAUGGAAAACGAAGUUAUAAUUUCAUUUUGAUUUCAAGGAAGGAAUCAUCGUAAGAAGAAAAUUUUACGGAAUAUUAAUAAUAAAGAGAAGCUAGUCCGAGAGAAUUGACAAAAGUGCAGGUUACUUAAACAAUAACUUAAUGCAUAUAGGUAAUCUUUAAUUCUCAAGCGCUCAAAAUGUGAUAAUGCGGUCAAAACUCCCACGUUUUUUAUAUCAGGGCCGCACACCUUCUUUAUUCCACUUGAUAGAAUUAUACGGACCUCUGUAUCAUCCCAACUCAUUUUGAUAAAUAAAAAGAAAUAAUUGAAGGCAGGUCACGUAGUAAACAAAUUAAGAUUCGACCCCUUGAUAUCAUUCUGACGUCGAGACUCUGCUUUGACGCACGAAAGUAACUCACUGGAACUUCUUCAAGAUUCACACUUUUCUUGUAAGCGGUUUUCUAGAAAAUAGUAUCUGUAAUCUCAUGUUAUAAUGAAGUGGAUUAAUACGCUGCCUUUACUAAAACCCUUCAUAUAACCCAGUAUAUAAUCUUAUUAGAUACGUUAAGGCACGUAAUUUAUCCUUAUUACGUACAUCCCAGCGAAGUCUCUUUUUUUCUUCGACCCCAUUAAAACUCUUUCUUAUCAAAUGCGUUGGUUUAUCGCUAGCAUUUUCAGUUAUUAUUGUUUGUUUCGUGCCGACAACGAAAUUACGGAAAAUCAAACGUGUUUUAUUCUUUUUUACUGGCCAGUCGUGGUUGUAAACAUAAACCGCUACAUCAUUAGCCGGAAAAAAAUGUUAAAAACAUGUACCGACGGUGCCAAAUCAACUGCGUAGCGUAACGUAAAUGAGACAUUAAGAGCAAACAGCUUCUUUUGUAUUGUUUUCUCAAUUGUAUUAAAGCCACAAUUCAAAUUCUCUCGACCUACGCAUGGUCUUGUCCAAUCCGUGAACCAUCGCAGCUUUCUGAAAUGCAAAUGUAAACUCAAGCAUUUUCUUCCCAAAGUGGAGCUGUUAUCCCGCGUUCUUUAUUCGCAAAAGAGAUGAUUGCAGGCAUAACAAUGAUGAUUGUGUACUCUUAAGUUCUAGGGUUAUUGUCUGACGAACUAAAGAAAAGUGAAAUUUUAAUCAGACAGACUGUUGGAUGUCCAAAUUUGCAUGUGUCGUAUAAUAGCUUUUCAGGUACUAUUCCCUUUGUUUUUGGAGCUGACGACCAGAUAUAAACAAGGCCUUGAACUUGGGAGACUGUAAAAACAACAUCUUCCACUCUUAAAAAUCUUCAAACUUUUCUUUGUGUAACGGACUAUACCUUCUGACUUCAUGGGCCAUAAUCAAGGUAUGUCUUAAGGCUGAGAAAACACAAAAACAAGCUAUGUUUAGUGUACGUUGUUUCAUAAGUUUUCUGUCUUACAUACACUUACUACAACGAAUUAUUUGCAAGACACAAGUGAAACUACCGCUGCAACCGCGGAGAUCUUUUUUUCAGUGUUUUAUAACUGCCUGAAAUUUAGUGGUGAAAUUUUAAAAAGUGAACUUGUUGCCUUAAUACAGGUAGUAUAAAGCCUCUAGAAUUAGCCUAAAGGAUUAUAGCAUCGUAGAGCGAUUUGAAUGUAAACCGUGGGAAUAACGUUAGAAAACAGGUUGUCGGCCAAGAUUGUUUUCAUUUGAUUUUGAAGCUGUAAGAAAAGUAGUAAGUAAUCAAAUCUUGGUCUUACUUAACCGAUGAAAUUUUUACCAAAAAUCGGUUCAUAGACUGCAAUAACUAGUCGUGUGGGUAUCGAUCGGUCUGAACCUAACAAUUUAACUCAUCGGUGCAUGAUAAACAUCGAAUUUCUCCUUAACUGUAUUCAUCGAUGGGAAAACGGAUAAGUUUUGAUAGGAGCCCAUCAAAGUUGAUGGGCUCUUGGUUUUGACUAGCACAAGCCAACUACAGGCAACAAAACCGAUCAACAGGAGGUACAUGAUCCUAUCGCUAGGGGUUCUUACGACAGACUUUAGUUCGUAAAGUUAUUAGAAAACUUAUAAACAUUUUGUUUGAUCAGCAGAGUUCGAAUAGUAAAUUGGUUAGUGUAAAAAGCCCUUGCUUUAAGUGUUCAGACGUUUUUCCAGUAGUGGGGGUGAUAGUAGAUGAUAAACUCAGAACUCAACCAAAGUUCUGACGUACUUAUCAGUUCCCUGUGUGCACCAUUGCACGUGUCCUACCAAUACAAGAACGAAAAACAGUGAAGUAGAGUAUUCCAGAAAGCUAAGUUUCUUCUACUAUGUCUAUGGCUGUUUAUUCUGAGAGCCAAGUAGUCUACAUGAGACUUACGUGAAUUCCUAAGGCACAGCCAUUCUACUCAGAGGCGGAUCUAGAAAAUUCAGAAAUGUGUGACACUUUCCCGCUUGCAAGCUAUUUAGAUGCUUUUUAUUUUCUCAGAAUUAUAUAAAAAUAAUACAAAAUUUCAAACAAAAAGGGGUGACCGCGACCCCCUCGGCCAGCCCCUAAAUCCGCCCUUGCUAGUGAGCAGUUCUAUCCUGUGGUACUGUUUAUAAUGCUGAGUACAAGGUGUUCUUAGGUAUUCUUAAUUCUGUGGCAAAUUUCAAAACUGUGAACAUGCAAAACUUUUCGCUGGUACUUUGAGUACUUAUAGAAGUAUUUUUUUUGGCGCGCACGUUUUAAUAACUGGAGCUCGAGCAGCUGUACACAUACGAGUGUGUUCUUUAACCGUCAAGUCGCGAAAACCAUACCAAAUCUCAGACCGCAGUGGACAACAAACUAGAGAAAUCCGUAACAACAAAUUCCAGACCAAAAUGGCGCAAGCAUCAUACCCUUUGGGACGCACACACAUACAGAGUUUCCAAAGGAGAACAACGCCCCCUCCCCCCCCGCUUCCACUCGGGAGAAUUUUUUACCGCUGCCGUAUUGUUGUAGCCCACGUCGCUGGUGGGGGGAUCGGGGUACUUUUUUGGCCGCGGAGCUUCGCUAGCAGUGACUUGGUCCUAAUGUUCUAUCGGCUCCGCGGCCGAAACAAAAGCACUCGCUCGAUUCUUUGCAUUACUGGUCCGCUAAUCCCAACAGCUAGGCAGGCUGGUAUUAAUGUAAAUAAAAAUAAUUCAAAAUGAAUGUUGCUCCGCAAGUUUGUCAGCGGAACAACCCGCAAAAACCAAACCGACGGCUUAAUUUUUAAUGACCAGGUUUUAAACACCUCAAUUGUCAUAAAUAGUCCGAGUGUUUUCCAAAAGAGAUAACGGGUAGAUAUUUACGACAAUGUAUAACAACGAGGAAAAAUCACAAAAGUAAAGAACGAAAUAUCUUAGGGAAGGUUCGUAGAAUGAACUUAGUAGGACGAUAUUGGCUCCAUUCCAUGCAAUAAACACCAGCUCACUGAAAGCUGGAAGUGAUUGCCCUAAACAUCUAUUGUCUGAAAGGAACGUUUUGACAGGUAACGUGGAAAACGUAAGUAUAAACAGUUGACUGUGGAGGCUCUUUCGUUUAGUCGUUUCCCUGUAACUACAUUUAGUAGAUCGAAGGAAGUUUGAGUUGGUACUGAAAUUUGAGGUCAUCUAACCAGUUCUCUGAAAAUUCUUUAAACAAUUUCAUAACUAAGGUUAAAAAACGGCUCUAAGUUGGUACAGUUUCCUAACAAAUUCAUUUCGAGAAAUGAUCUCUUCUUUACAGCUGUGUAUUUAAGUCACUUUUCAUUGUAUACAAUCCUUGACCAUUCACUUACGUCAUUUUAUACGAGUAUAUAAGAUGUCAAACAACUGCUUCUCAUCACUCACUUUUGUAGACUUGUAAAAUGAAUUUAAUUUUGAAAAAAAAUGAAAAUAUUUGAAACCCAGAUAACAUGCAAACGGUUUUCCUUUCAAAGUAAAUAAAUAAAAGGAACUAGUUUAAAAGCAGCGAGCAUAACGUAAAGAUAACUGCUUUUCAAUAGUUGAAACCUCAACCCAUGAUGAAUUAGACAUGCCCAAGGACUUAUCAGUGCUAACCAAACUCUUGGGCUCCAGCAGUUAUCCGAAAAUACAGUACCACAGUUUCCCUUUUGUGUUUCUCAAAGUCUCUGUUCUCAAUUUUUACUUCUUAACAUCAUAAGUUAUCGUACCAUCCAACGUCAAGAGAGAGGGGAAAAAAAAUUUCUCUUCUUUGAAAUUCUCAGAAUUAAGUUCUGGUUCUCAAGACCCGAUACAUUGAUUUUUGCAAAGUGAGUAAGUGACUAUAGUUUCGUUAGCUUGCUUACUUUAGGGGGGGUAUUAAAUAUAAAGGAGGAGGUGGAAAUUGAUGAGUGUUGUACUGAUGUAUGCAUGCACCUAUAGUUAUACUUAAAGUAUCUUAAAAUGAUGAUAACUUUUGUGGUUCGUUUUUAGAAAACUAACAUAGAUUAAGUCUUUGACAAGACGUAAUGAGAUGUUAUAAGCCGUAUUGCAUAACUACUUACUACUAUGACUGUCUCCUGCGACGGCGCAAUGGACUAACAUGAGGGCGUCAAUGGGGUGGUGGGGUGGUAGCUUUGACGGUUGACGGUUAAGUUUUUCCAAUUUUGACGGUUAGCGGUUACAUCUUAGAGUUUUUGACGGUUGACGGUUAUUAAGUACAAACUUACUCCAAGUAUAAUUAUUUAUUUAUUUAUAACAACUUUAUUUGUAAUAAUCAAUACAAAAAGGCUGCCAUCAGGGAGGAACUGAAUCCUCAUGUAAGAUGACCCCCUAAAAAUAUCUACAAAGCUAUUAAGGAAAUAUAAGUCAGAUAAAAACUAUUAUAAUGUAAGGAGAAAUGUAAAAGAUAUCACUAAAAUAUAUCUAUUGAUAAUGGAGUUAUUAAAAAUUAUCUGAUUAUCAAAUUAAAUAUGCAAUCGCAACAAUUAACUUUUGUGUCUUACAGGUUGUCUUGGCCUUCCGCUUUUAAAAUUUCUAAAUAUUUUCAGAUAUAAGCAGGUUGUAAGGUUUUGUAAUGUCUAAAGAGUGUGUUUCUGAGAACAUGGAAACUGAGUUUUCCAGUUAAGAGAUUCUUCAGAAGGCUUGGAGUCCGUGAAGAUCAGCUAAAAUAAUGAAAAUUAAGAUACCUUAAAGCCUUUUGACGGUUAAUAUUAACCUGUGACGUUUGACGGUAAAAUAUAACCUUUUUUGUCGACUGACAGUUAAAUUUUAGGCCGUUUGACGGCUGACGGUUAACCCCAUUGAGACCCUCUAACAUGAAAACAUAGGCUGAAAUGACUGACUACUAGUUAGGCGGCAGUGCAUAACUCCCAUUGUUAUAUAGCUGGAAAUUUCUUCUCACAGCGCGCACGGGGGCGGGAGGUACUUCCUUAUAAGAGUCUAAUGGGUAUGUGCCGCUGGUUACUUCGAGGUCACAUGACAUCUAACAAUGAAACUGUUUCCCGCCAAAAUCUCUGGGAGGGCAAAAUUGCAAAAAGUGACGUCCGAGGGUAACAUUGCGAAUGUUGACUAAUGAUCGCCGUUACAGCGAGGUUUAAUGAAUUUUCAGCUUCAAAAUUUCCAGCUAUAUAACAAAUCACUUAAAGACUGGUGAGGUCUCUCGGGAAACAGUAACCUCGUGACCAGUCAUUAAGUGUUUAUUGUUUCGACCCAAAACCUAUGAAAUUGUUAUGUUUCUUUUAUAAUUAAACAUCGGCUUGUGGGCGACCUUUCCUUUACAUAUUACUGAAUCCGAUUCUAAGAUCGUUUUCAACUGAUAAAUUUUCCGCAGUGAACUCAUACAUCACAUCCUUUAUUUUGGCAAGGCGUUUGGACGUUAUACAAGCGCCAGUACUUUUUUCAUGGUGCAACUGCCCUUAGAGGCUUUCCCAUUCAGCCCAAAAGUCAUCAAGAUAUGGAGAGCAUAUCUCUGAAUCGGCUAGUCUUUUAUCGCCCGGUGUAAUUAAGUAGGAACUAACAGCCUUAAAAUCUUGACAAUUAUGAUGUGUGAUCAGUGACAGAUCGAGCCAUAAAAUUGUCUUGAAGAGUUUAAAAUGGAUUAAUAGCCAUGAUGUUUGCGACAUUCGUAAAUUAAAAAAGUACGCUAGAAGUUUCUAAGUCUUUUUACUAAUGGCUUAUAUGAGUAAAUGACUGUUAGUUAUGGCAGAAGGCCGGAGCCACUGAAUUCAGUCAUUUGUACGACGACGCCGAAACUAAAUUUUAUCGAUUAAAAAGGAAAACAUUGUCAAACAACGAGUAUCUUGAUAGUCAGCUAGUUUUUCCUCUAUAAUAAAUAGCAAGGGCCAACAUACAAAAGAAAGGUGCCGGUUCCUGAUGGAUCUAGUCAGCAAAAUGUUUUUAAGCAAACAUGUAUUUAAAAAAAGCAAGUCUGACUGUACAGCUACGAAAUUAAAGAAAUAUAAUCUCAUAACUGUACAGUCAACCUUCCUUUUCCGCUCGGCUUUUUUUCAACACCAGUUUUGGCUUUCAAUUCUCUGCAAUUCUCAAUUUUCGGAAAUUAAAUGGGUGCUCCCGGCGCCCUACGGGUAGCCUUCCUGCUCGGUAGCUUGAUUUAUUAAAAUGAUCAUCCUCAAUUUCCAAACUUAAAACAACAUGACCUCAGGUAAGUACUCUGAGCUCAGUAGCCGGUAUUGGUUUCAAUGAUAAUUUGUUUUUAAGUCUCACGCCUUCUAAUAUACACCCACUGGGGACUAGAACAUUCUAUGAACCGUCGUACAAAGUUUAAUAUUCACAUAUCAAACUUCUUAUUCUCAAAGCCUAUCACCACUCUAAAGGAACUAUUAUAAUAUAGCUGAAAACUCAUUUCAUAACGAUGGGAAACAGAACCUGAUUUUAAAAUUAUUUACUUUUACUCUUUUUCUCUACUCAUCGCAUUUGAUUCAGUUUACUUUAAUAGCGAUUUUUAAUCUGAUACUGCGUUUAUCAAUCUCUCUGGCAGUCGUUUUGGCGAAGUUUCUUUGUGAAAUCAAAAUUGAAGAAAACCUGUAAAAUACCUGAUUUAAUUUCAAAUCAUCGCAAGAUUUUAUUUCCUCACUAACAUAUACAAGUCUAUCUCCCUUAUCCGUCUUUCUUCGUAAUAAACUGGAAAAAUCGUUUUACAUGUAAAUAUUUUCAAACGCCUCGGGGUUAUAGCCUCGACUGCACACUAGUUUCAGCGGUUCUCUUGGCGAAUACGACUUAGAUUUAUCUUUGAAUGCAAUUACUUAAAGGUAAAUAAAUCGAGUUUAAAACCAUUGCAGACUAAAUAUUGAUAUUCUCUCUUAAUUAUUAUAUUACAAUGAGCCGAAUUAACAAAGAGUGUAUUUAUAGAGAGAGGAAUGAAGAGUUUUAUCCACAAGACAAAGAUUUAUUGUGAUAAAUACGUCAGAUUAUUGUCUGAAUUUGUUCUUCUUCCUGGUGUUUGAUUCUCCUUUUAUGGUCAUGUAAAACUGGCUUUUAUGUUCCUUUCAAAUUGGACAUUUUGGUUCAGUCCAAAUUUUGGGGACUAUUUUCCCUACCCUGUUACAUGUAUGCACUUCAAUCGAUUAUUAAUAGUUCCAUUUUUGGAAUAUAAAAGAAUAAAAUGAAAGCUUAUUACAAAAGUAACUCAGCAAAAAUUUUAAAGCCUUUUAAAACGUUUACCUUUUUAAUAUAUAUUUUUAAACAAAAAUACCUUCCUCAUGAAAAAUGUACACCUAUCAUUAAACAGUUUAUUUUCCACAAAUCACGUUUGCCUUUUUGCUAUAAACACCACUGUUGCGGCGUCAUUAGCCACGUUAGUUCAACACAAUAAAACACAAAACGGUUGACAGCUAGAGUAAUUAAGUUCCUAUUUGCAUAUGUAAAAUGCGAAAUAUUUUAGAUAUCAAGAUAAAAAAACUCACCUGCCUAACAAAUGCUUUUAUUGCAUAAGGUUGUGUGUGUGGAGGGAAGUAAAUUGUUGUGUACGCCGGGUGUUGAUUUUCAACGGUAGUCUGGGGGCCUUUGAAACAGUAAGUAUGUCUUAAUACCAAGUUAACUGAUUAUGAACAGGUGCUUUCUUAUCAUGCAAACCUUCCAAGAAACAAACCCAGAACACCUUUUGAAUAACUUGAAGAAAUAACGAGAUCAAUAAUCGUUGAGAAUCAUAGACUCCGUACUUAAUUUAACGCCUCUAUAAUAACACUGGCCUGUGUACGCUUUGCUACUUAACAUACGAAACUUGUACGACUUCUUAUGAAAGUAAAAUCAUACUACAGUUCAUGACAGCUAUACUCAAAAAGGUAAAUUCUUGAAUUAAAAGAAAGAUUAUAGUGAGAUCAGUUUUACUGUCCAAAAUGGUCCUAACCUACUGAGUCAUUGUUCAACUGCGUGCCGCAUAGUGCGUUCUGAUCUCACCCUUACGGUCUGCGAAUUUCGGAGCAGGAACUCGGGGCUAUCCUCAACACUAUUUUACGAAAUCAAAUUUUGAAACUAUCGGUGCAAACGUUUACCAAAGUGAUCAAUUUAAUUAAUUCAAUGCAAUUUUUCGUUAGCGACCUGGCUUUUCAGCCAAUGACAGAGCUGCAAGUUAAGCAGGGACCUAAUGCAACUCAACGGCAACAAGAACGUUAAAAAGAGAUGUAGGUUUAAAAAGUGCGGUGCUCGUAUUGUAGCACACUUUUUAGUACUUCUCUUUGCCGUCUUUGCACACGACUACGAAGUGAAAUUGUCCAGUUCCUAGUUUUAUCGAGAACGUGAGCAAACGACGGCGAAUUUCUCUUUAGUUCAUCUCGAUCUUUUUGAACGUCGACGUUAGUCUCGGCUCUCCAAGUCAAUGAAGCUCAACCAGUCAAGACUCUGUGUCAGCAAACAUGAGCUGUCUACGUUUAUCAUUACAAAAGAGAAAGUAGAUACACUGCAGGCGCUUUCCAAACAAGUUGGCGCAGCAUUCGAGAUCAAAAGAAAUGCAACAAUGUUGUGAGUUAAAACUAUUGGUUCUCCCUACACAUGUCUCAUCAUCCCCAAAAAGUGAAAAACGAUGUUAUAACUGUUUAAAUGUUCACGAUUUUUUGCCAAAUCAAUAAUUUGAAAUCUCUCGUUUUUAUCAAAAAAUCACAUUGUUACACUUUCUGUUUCCAGUGUUGAAUAUAGAUAGAUGGCCACCACGUUUUCUUUUCCCAGCAAGCUACCGAGUUAAAACACUCUCUAAAUGUCAAGAAAAUGGCCUCUUUAGUUUCUGUUUCUAACGCUUUUCAUGGUUUCACCCUCAAUCAGGAUGGCACCAAUACUAUACUACUUCCGAGAUUUACCUCGAAACCGAUUUUAUACACGAAACACGCAAACAAGCUCACGAAAUUUCACCCGACGACUUGAUUCCGGGCGUUCAGAUGAUGGGGUGACGCACGGUGCCGAGAAGAAAUUCCACGUAGCCCUUCUCUAUCUUAGUACAGGCCAGAUUGAUUUAACAGGCGUUCCUUCCUUUAUGAACCUUCCAAAGGAUUGUAAAACCAUUAAAAUGUUUAAACCUGAGAAUUGUAACGAGGUGUUUUUAAUACAGACUGGUGGCUGGUAUUAAUUUGCUCCGGAAUUUGUGCUGCGUGUGUGCCAAGCGAUUGAAAGGGCGCGGUCCCCUGAGGUUAUAGCCGAGGAAAUAAGCUUGGGUGGCAGAGAAGAGAGCUUAAUUUAGUAGAUGUGUCACGAAAUUCGUCGAAAUUCAAACAGUCGAAACCGCCCUAAAACUGGGUUUAACACAAAAAUAACUUGUCCAAACAUGAAGAAAAGGUAUGAAAAGCACAGCAAAUAAAAAAGAAGCCACAGAUGGCAAACUUGAAAAAAAAUUAAACGGAUUGAAAUUGCUUCCGGGUCACGAUCACGUUCAGUUUGAUAUCUUUUUAAAAAGCUGAAAAGUGCCGUCAUCGCAUCAACUAAAUUCCAAAAAUGAUGGUCCAGUUUUGAUCCUGAAGACUCUAUUCAGCCGUUGAAACUGUUUCCUGUCGCUGUUGCUACGGAUGGCAAGGAUGGACCUGGAUUGAAACUGUUUUAAUGCUUUGCCUGCUAAAGUUAUCAUCAGGACUUAAGCAAAGAAUUGACCUGAAAUAGCAACAUCCUCGGUCGACGUUCUCAAAUAAUUUCAAAAACAGUUUUUAACACCAGUCUGUCCUUAGGGUGCUAAUGUUAUAUAAUUUUGAACAGGAGCAGUCCUGGAGAGAUUAUAGAGAAAGCUUGCUUUUGCAUGCCGCCAAGCGCUACAGGUUGUCGCUAAAGUACGAAGGAAGUGCGUGGUGGAAUACACGCGCGCAAAAUUCUAGAACCGGUCAAACACGUACUUCAUGAAAUCGAUUGUAUGUGUGUGGCAUUAACGUUCCUGUCUCGGGUCUCUAUCGUGACUUCACCGGAAAGACAGACAAACAAACAAACAAAACAGUGAAAAAAUGAAAAACAAAUACUGAUAAUAUUUUCGACUUCUUUAAAACACUGGACGAUAUGUUUGGGCAGUAGUUUUUCCUACUUAGUCAAUAUCACCUAGGAGUGAAAUUAAUAUCCUCUUUUGCUGAGGCGCCAGUGUCAAAUUGCAGGGGCACCCAACGGCAAUUUUCGGGACAAUAUCUGUUCGGAAGACGAUUUGAGAUCAAGAAUUUUCGGAACAUUUGUUGUAAAAUUUCUUGCUUGCCUGCCUCUCCUAGGAUUUUCGAACAUCUACAAAAUGGUAUAAUUACCCAUUUUUAACGGAUUUUGACCCUAAAAAAGGCCACCUAGAACUUUCGGGAGCCUUUUCCUGGCUGAAAUUUUCGAGAAGGUAAGUUUUUAUCCCUAUAAUUUUCGGAUCACUAGACUUUCAGCUAGGAAAUACGAACAGAUGAAAAGUUUUUAGGGGAUAAAAAUAUGCCUAUAUCUUCCGUUUGAAUACUAAAAUACGUUCAACAAUGCUAUGUUAAGUGGUUUUGAACUAUAUCCUCGUUGGGUGCCCCUGAAAUUGACGAGAAGUAUCUCAUCCUGAUUACACUGACUUCGAGAGCAACAUCCCGUCAUGGCAGGAGUAUCAAUCAAUGUCAUUGAGUAAACAACUGGUUUCAGCUCCCGCUCCUGCUCCCGGCUAAGUUUCUGUAUUCUUCUGAUCUCACCUUAAUAGCGAUCGUCAUUUCCUCUGUGACGGAUGUCGUAAAACUACUUUCUUAUAAACAACUCUCACUACCAAGAGUUUGCCAAUUGGUUCAACAACUCAUUAAAAACCACAAUAAGGUUCCAAUAAGCCUAGUAGGCUGGGUUCAAGUGAUUAUAUGCAGGAAAUAUCAUGACGAAACCGAAUGCUGUCACCUACGAAGGUUGAAGGACGGGGUGAAACGCCAGUUUCUGCUUAAAAUAAGAAUUAAACGAACAAACUCUUCCGCUGCCGUAAGCAUUUAACAUUCCAAAAUCAUAAAAUAGCAAAGUUACACGGAUUGGUUUCAUUCACAGACUCCAGGGCUAGUGCCACUUAGAGUACCAUUCACACACAGUACCCGGCCGAACAACUACCUCUCUAAUGCAAUCUGAAACCGAGCUAAAAACAGUCGUAAUUUUUUCUUAUGCAAGACCAAAAGACUGCUGCCUGUACUCUAUACCCAGGGGUGAUCCUUAUAAUGGCCUAUAUGGGGGGGGAGGGGGGGCCUAUAUGGGGGGGGGGGGCUCCGCUCGAAAGGCCGGGUACCAUUUUCACGCUCAGGCGCAUAAAAAAGGGUAGAGAAUUUGUUAGUUGAAGCAUAUGAAAGGGAAGGGGAAUCUUUUCUUUUGUCUGGAAUAAAGGCCAAGAAGGUCUUACAGAUGCAUUUCAUGGCUUUGAAAAAGUCGAAAAAACGUUCUGGCUUUGUGAUUUAUUCAUAUUUUUUUAAGACAGAGCAUAUUGAAAGUUAAGGGAUGCAAAGUUCUUAACUUUCUAGGUGUGUGAAAAGGGUACCAUUUGUCGAUGGAAGGUAUACGAAAGGGGUACCUUUUUUGUCAAAUAUGGUUGGACCCAGUCAGUCCCCAACCCCCCCACUCCCCACUCCCACCCCCGCGCCAAAAGGAGGCUGCAUGAAAUCAACCUGUUUUCCUUUUUCGUACAUUGAACAUGUGCAUUUGGAAGCGAAAUCUUGUGAUCCUAAAAACAACGAUUACUUGGCAAUUUUUGGGUGAAUAUGCCAUUUCAGGUCACAGAUGUGUGAUGUCACGAUUUUAAUCAAAAUUUUAAAGUAGCAAAGGCUAAUAAACUUCACUGCGUGGUGUCUCUUAAGAGGUCCACAUUUUUAAUCUUUUGUGAGCUUAGCACCAUGAGCACAGCGGGAUUUGCCUUUUCUGUCGCUCUAGACAUCAAACAAGUGUUUUAUUAAAGUACAUUGUCUCGAUCACUUCUAAUUUCUCGCCCCAGUAGCUUCUCACCUCUGGUUGGCUGUGUGAAAAAAAACAACAACGCGCCAGGAUCACUUUGACGUUUAUAAGGUGAAAAACAAAAACAAUAGAUUUAGACAAGCGAUUCAAAGGACACGGCUGCCCUAUAAAGGAUGGGUCGCUAGCAGUUUGGACGAGAAGAUAUAAUAACGAAAACAACUCAAUCUUCUUGUUUGUUUUUCGCAUAAAACCCACGCGCUUUGUGAACAUUUCCGGAUUUUUUUCUUUUUUAAAUGCCUUGACCUUUAAAAAAAUGAAACAGCGAAUUCAUUGACAGCGGAGGAAAUAAAGGCCUAAAAGUGACGUAGGUGUGACAAUUGAGUGAUUUGUUGUAAGAAUUUUAAUAUUGUAUCGAACGAUGACAACAAGGUUCAGUUGUUUACAACGCCUGUCAAAUAAUCUACAAGGUUUUCACCAUAAAACUUCGUGCAGCGAAUGUUGGACAAGUAUUAAAUGAAGGUUUGUUUAGAUUAGUUGGGUAUAUGAUUCAUGCUAUUUUCUCUAGAGACCCUAAAAUUUGACCCAAUUAAGCAUUUUAGACGGUUAUCAGUUCAGAUUGUAUCUGGUUAAAUGUUUUCUAUUAAACAAAAACAAAACAACUGGCCAACUGUCGUGGCCUUAGUCUGUCUUGUCUCUUGUAACGUGUUGUUAUUAUUUGGCUUCCUCUUAAAAUACACCAAUCAGUGUUUUAAAAAAACUUGACGAGACUUAAUGCUAAUUGUAGUAAAACUCACGUCAAAGUCUCAGGACAUUUGUUUUUCUUUCAAUGUAGGCUAGAUGUUCCCAGCCCGCCAUGCCAAACAACAGAACAGCAAAUGCAGUGAGGCCUGGUCUGAUCGUAGAAUCUCUCUUCUUCGCUUUGCUAAGUCUUGUCAUUUUGGCUGGAAAUACUCUGGUUUGUACGGCGAUUUACAGAAACCGAAAACUCAGGACUAAAACAAACUACUAUUUGGUUUCUCUGGCUAUUGCCGAUAUCCUGGUGGGAGUAUUUUCAGUACCUUACUGGGUCUAUUUUAGAUUAGGUAAGUAACACCAAUUAUUUAACGCAUGGUAGCAAGUAAAAGCAGAGAAAACAGUGGCCUUACUAAUUUUUUAUAUACAAAUCUGGCAACUAUUCUGGUUUGUUAAACGGUCUGUCCAAAUAUAUUAAAGAAUGCUACAGAUCGGCGAUCAGUCUUAUCACACGUGAUAUUUUCUUUGAGUUGAUCCCGAUUCGAAGACAGGGGCGAUAAACACAUUACGAAAUCAGUCAGAUAGAAUUACUAGCGUUAACAACUUCAUGUGCUUUCUUUGCGCGUUGUAAAAAUAACCGGCUUUGGUUGCAAAUCUACAUCAUAAACUUCAUAUACAGAUCUUAAUGAUGCUCGAUGGCCGGGCUCACCAGACCAGCGAUAAAUUUCUCAUAAUUAACUUAAUAGUGCGGAAAAGAUGCUUUUAUUUCGUAUAAAAUUCGGGAAAUUGCACCAAUUUUCAGACUUGAAAAUCUGCUUGCCUUCGCAUUUGCUAGACUUUUGUGUUGUCAAUAUAUCACCGAUAAAUAUACGUAGCAAUAUUAAACAGCAGGGUUCAGUGUAAUGCCAAAAACAAUCUCCAGUUCACGUGCAGAUGCAUACAUAUAGGAUAUCUCCCUUUUCGCGUGACGUUUUGCUACGUUAAGAUUAACUAGUUCCUAAUCGCGUGACUUCCUUCGCCGAGAAAUUUGUAACCAGAACAUUGAAGUCUUUAUAUCGAGAUUUGCAAAUAUCCCAAGUUUUGGGCUAAAUAUAAAACAAACAAUGAGAACUUGUUUGCCCAAAGUAUGGAUCUCCCAUCGCGCGGAUCCUCAGUUCUAAAGUCUUGUUGUGAUUAAGUGUUUUAGUUCAAGUCAAGGCAAUUGAAAAUAAUACUUUGUUGGUCCAUAAAGAGAUGAUUGAAGCGAAAGGAAGUUUCCAAAAAUUUGAGUAAAGAUUUGCUAAAGCGACAAGCGGACCAGUCUUUCCGUUUCGCCUUGAGCACUGAUCCUGUCUCGGAAAAAUGCCGUUUGUUCGGCUUCCCACAGGAAAGAAGGCGUUAAUUACCUCUACAAACUUUUUUUCAAUUCUAGAAAGUUAUUUUUCCAAGAAAAAGUGCCAUUUUAAGGGGAAGGAUUAAAUUUGACAAAGAAAAUUAUUACUGAUUUUUUGGACGAGUGUAGUCAUUGAAUCACGAGAAUCAAUUUGAAUACCACGGAGCAUAAACAAGUCAGUAUGAAAAUCAAUCUGAUUACACAACAACAUGUCACCAUUGGUAUAUUGAGAAAAUGAAUUUUUCGUCCGAUAUGAAAAAGUAAACCACUAUUUGGCAGUGAUUAGCAUGGCCUUGCAAACGUUUUCAGAAUACUCAAUAUACUAAUUUCUCAGUAUAUUCUAUUCAAAAUGUUCCAGUAAUUGAAAAGCUCGCCAUGGGCACAAUGUUAAACAGAGGGCAGAUGUUAUAUUUGAAGGACUCCAUUGUUGCUUAGUACCAGCAAACUGAGCGAUUUUUCAGUUUUCCAAUAUAAGCUUUCAGAUACGCAGAAAACGCCAACUAUAGGACGCUUCUAAGUACGUCAACUGUGUUCCAGAAACAUAAAGCCGGAGAAAAUGUCUUUUGUUACGCCAACAGUGUCUCCGUAAAGUUUACACUCAAUGAUCGGAAGCCCAUUCGCGAAAAAAUCAAAUAAAUCUCUCUAUUGAUUUAACUCAGUGACGACACUGGCACCUAUUGCAACAAAACAAGUCAAAUGUAAACAAAACGGCCUUCUUUGUAACUUCGAAAAUGGAUACAACAACUGAAGAAAUCGAUUAGGGAUCAUCGCCAUCGCAGUAGUGUACUAACGGGCCAAGCGAUUGAUGAAAACGCCCGUAAUGCGCGAGCAACUUUCUUACCUUUUUGCACAAUCCUUACAACAGAGCCUGUCCGCCCAAUACUUUUUCCUUCAUUAUCUUGUUUUUGAUUUAAGGUUUUUUUUUAACUGAGAGGAAAGAGGGAAAAAAAUAACGUAUACCACGACUUUGUCUACGAGUCCACGGGCGUUUUAGGGUGGAUUUCCACUGUCGCGUGUUUUUUUCGUAACGCAAAUUUUAAGUGCGUAAAUAAAAUAAAGGCAAUGUAUGAAAGGUCGACGCACGUAAACGUAAGACUUGAGCGGGGUUCAACUUUUACGUUUACGCGCGACGUUCCAGCCUCUAUUUUAUUCACGCGCGUAAAAUUUACUUGCGUAGGCACCUGAAAAUUACGCGACAGUGGAAAUCAACCCUUACUGGCAUUCAUCACAUUUUCGGGGUCCAAUUCACUUCACAUUGUGUAUUUCCAGCCUUUUAAAAAGCUCAUUAAGGAAAAGCUAGUAAUGUAAUAAGGGCGAGGAAUAUGGAGAGAUUUCUUUCGUCAGUAUUAACACACGUAAUUUUGCGCUACAUGGGAACUCGAAUUACAAAAGUGCGUUGAAAGCGGUGGUUUUUCUAAGAUGUAGGACAACGAUCAUAGUGUUUACUUGUAACCCUACAAAUUAAGAACUGUCCUAUAGCCUGCUUGCAUUUCCUCAGGAUUGUUGCGCACGGGGCAAGCAUGACACGUGCACGUGCGAGCGCAGGUCCUAAUUAGUAAUAGAGGAGGGCGGAAGAUUCCAGAAGGAGGAACAACCUUACGUCGGGUUUACAUGAAGAAAUUUCGGCCCGUGUGGUUACAAGAAGAGAAGGAAUUAAAAAUGGCGGGCGACAGUAACAAAAAUGCAAUUUGAGCCCUUCUGGUCUUUUUAAGAGUCCACAUUAGCGAGGUUGACGUUCUAUGAGAAUCUGUUGAUUGGGCAAGAAACGAGUGUUCGUUGGCCGCAUUAACGGCUGUCCGUAUUAAGCGGGUUUAAUUUAGAGAAAAUGUAUGAGCUUUUCCCAGGAACAAAGAAACUGUCUGUAAUAACGAGCUUUCCGUAUUAAGCUGGUAUCCUUAAAGCGGUGUUCGACUAUACCUUUCAGCAGAAUAAAGAAGCUUGUCAGUGCUAACGCCAAACGAAACUUUUGGCCUUUAUCAGUUGCCGUGGUUACCCUGACUCAACGACCCGCCGCCAUUUUCCCCUGGUUUGUCCCUAGUACUCGGAUAGCGAAAGCAGUUUACACGGCGCACAAACCUUCCUACCUCUCAGCAUCGAAUCAUAGCUCUAGGCACAAGUACAACCCUAGGUCUUUGCAUGUAAACUGAACGCAGGAAACAUAUGGCGCUAGGAUGAUCCGCUUUCUACGAUCUUCCUGGUGCUAGGAUCUUCCUCCCUCCAUGUAAGCAACCCCUAAAUAUGAAGCAGAUUUUCAACCAAUCAGAAGCACUACCCAGAUAUGAGUUUCUGGGCUCGUCCCUCAGACGUCGUUGAGCGGGGAAAACAGCUAAAACAAUCGCGUCGUAAAAUAUUGGCUGUUUUCUCAGGCUAGAUGCCUAGAAGACUAACUGGAAAGAGGCAGCUUGCUUGCUAUUUGCACCUAGAAUCUGAACUGCCCUUCUCGCCGGGGCCAGUAGUAUAAAUGUUAAUGUCAGGCGUUUAUCUGCUGCACUGUAAGUUGUGAUUCUGUGUUUGAGUGGAGUUCAAGUGAAGAGUUUGAUGAAGCUGAACGCCAUGUAUGUUAUAGUUAGCUUUUAGCUGUCGUGACCAGCAACAUUGCAUUUUAUACAACUUGACCCUGGCCUUUCCACUUAGGAAAGUGUACUUUUUAAAGCAACUUCACCCUCGGGCCUUCCCACCAGUUGUUGUUUAGUCUUGCGGCUUCCGCCAUGAGAGGCUUUUAAUAUCAAGUGGUAUAUAUAUAUGAAUGGUUUACAAGUGUGCUCAGUUGUCUUCCAAAGCAUUUUGAUAAAAUCAAACAAGUUUAACUGCUUAGACUAUAAGGAUUGACAAAUUCAAUGAUUCAGUGAAGUAAUUGAAUUUGUGGUGAACUAUGAAUCCAGAAUCAACAACUUUUCUUUAAUCUUGUGUUUCAAUCGCCUUUCAAAGGCGGAUGUUUUAGUAAGAAAGGGAAGGGUUACUUAAGGAUGUAAAGGUCGAUAAAGAUCAUCUUUCUUCGUAAAAAACAAGCAGCCAUUUGAUAAAUAAUUUGAUUAGGACGGAUGUUGAGUUAGUAAAUUUAGCAUACGAAUUUAGCUAGGAAGUUAAUUUCAUAUGAGCUAUUUCUUUACAAGCUUAGCCUGAUCUGAAACAGCCUAAUUGAACGAACUAUCAAUUAUUCGUUAGUCUACCCUUUCACGUUGCAGAUCACAAUUAUAUCAUGACCUGAAAACAGGCGUUCAGGUCUUCCAAGUGAAAAAAACCGUGCUUUUCUACAAGGAAAGACCUUAGGUAUUACUUUCAACCUACAUUUACCCAUAUCUACAAGAUAGAUGCCCCUUCUAAAACUAUUUCGUCUACCAGUCACAUUGAUUAAGAUCAUAGUCAUCUCAAAGUAAAUCCAGCGGCUUUGAUGGUCAUCGGCAGGAGCUUGCACAUAAACUACUUAGACAAAACUUGUUAUCAAGUCGCCUACUAUCUAAUACCUUGUAUUAGGGACCUUUAGAUUAGAUUGCAGGUAUGAGGUAAUAAAGCCAUUUUUGGCAUCUUACUCAGAUGAACAGAUACAAAUCAUAAAUAUUUCCAUGUGUUCCAGGAGCAACAAUUAGUCGUCUGUCAUCUUUGAACUGAGUAGUGCAAGUUCUAGUGCAAGCGCCUGCAAGUUCAGGCGCCUUAGGUAAUAUUAAUGUCACCGACAGCAAUCUUGCCACUAAAAUUUCUUUAAUCGUUAUGUGGUGGACAGGAACUUAGUAAGGGGUGCGAGUGUCGUGGAAAUAAAGUUCUUUGAAAUUUUAAAUCAGUCAGUGACUCGCAAAUCAAACUGAGGUCGCUAUUCUCUCUUGCGAAGGAGACUUUCUAAGGCCUACUGCAAACAAUGGGCUAUUGUCAUGCCUACCUCAAUUCAUAAAUUAUAAAUACAUUAGAAUACAUUUAAAAGCUCACUAAACCGCCUUUUAUUUUUAAGUUUCGUUUUCCGUAACAGCUAUUUUAUUCUUCUGAGUUAAAUUCAAAGCCUGAAACCACCUCUAGCUCCAGUAGCGCUAUAGUCGUGCUACAGUUGAGGCAGUUUAGAAGACUUAGAACGGCUGUAACACGACGGGCCACGAGAGGGGCCACGAAUUCAUUAGUGUUUUUACUACUGUCAAGUGUCACCCACUAUAAAUAAAGCCUUUACUACUCUACUAAUACUACGACGACGUCGUGUGAAACAGGCCUAACUCGUUCCCGGCACCUUCUACAACUUCUUUCACCCGUCCUCUAGAAUGUGUACGCCUGCCUCGUCGUCAGUCGCCCGCUGGCUAUCGUUUAUAUGGGUGUCCAUGUCCCGUUCUGAGUUCACUCUCUCCGCUUACGCUUGGAAAAGCCUGUGUAGGAGGCAGACAGGACAUAGGUAGUAACGAAAGCUGUUCAGGGCGUGAAGAAUCCUCUUUCUGUAUCUCGCAAUUUGUGUGAUUCGAGUAGGUAGUUUUUCUGUUAGCACUAAGCGUCAAACAAAAAUAAUAAUUAAGUAAGCGGGUAAAGUGACUUUAUUUUACGAGGGGAAUACACAACAGUGACAGCAGCUACUGAUAAACUUGUGGUCCUUUAAAUUGUCGUUUCCAUAAGGGACGGACUAUUAGAACAGUUAGGGGAAGGGUGGGUAAUUUUCGAGGCGCAUGAAUUUUUUUAGGCCUUUGUAUGAAUAUUUUUUAAGGGUCAUUUGGCGUGCAUGACUUUUUUCCUUUUAAUUUUCCCUUACGCGAAUAUUUUUUGUACUUCGCCCCCACCCAUAAGCUUUCUACUAGUCCGUCUCUAAGCUUAGGACACUCACUUUCCCUAUAGAGGUAGAGUGAGGUAGAGUGCAAAGAUGGAAUUCAUGAUUACUAAUGAAUUUCUGUCUGUCUCUCUUUUUUAAUGAACAGUCAAUCCUGAUAUGAGCACUGGCACAGAUACAACGGCCUACAAAGUUUACAUUGUUUACGACAUUUUGUGCGGGACGGCGUCCGUCAUUAAUCUGGUCAUGAUCAGCCUAGAACGUUGUAUUUCUGUCACACAACCCGCGAUACACCGGAACUUGUCACGCACCACCAUUGUCAUAACUAUCGUGGGUGCGUGGAUAUAUGCCCUCGUGGUCGCAUGCGUCAGUCAAGUGAAUGGAUCUUAUCUUAAAUGGUAUCCACCGUUCGUCAGUACUGCUAGCUUUUUCUUUCCUUUGUUCAUCAUACUAAUCGCGUACUCUUUAAUUUACAAAGUGGCUCAAACAAGAGAACGCGCGAGACGAUCGCGAUCUCUCGCGCGAGAAAUCCGCAUUGCAGUGACUUUGGCAGUGGUGAUAGGAGCCUUUGUAGUUGCAUGGCUGCCUUUCUUUGUCACGUUGAUGGUAAUUUAUACUUGCAGGACAUGUGAAAUAAACUUCUCCAUUAUCGUCCCCCUUACCAAGUGGAUGCAUUACAGCGGUUCAAUGGUUAACCCGGUCAUAUACACGCAUCGAAAUAGAGAUUUUAGGCAAGCUUUCACUAAAAUCGUGCUUUCUUGUGGAAAAAAGCACAUAAAUAACUUGUCUCAACCUUCCAAAGCUGGCGCAGUGGUGACUGGAAAUUUUGCGUCAAUCGUAAAGGAAAGCUCUUUGUCAGGAAGUGAUGACAACAACGUUACGCUCGCGCGCACCAAACGAUCAAGUAGCUACACGCUUGCGCAGGAAACAAACGGUCAAGUGAUUCUUACUGGCUACCUCAACAACGAAACCAUAGCUUAA